AUGGGGAAUUGGUUUCAGAGUUUGUGUGGUAUUGUUAAUCAAUGGGUGACACAUUCUUUUGUGUCUGAAGCUCGUGUAAAGAAGUUGGGGUUGACUGAGGAAGAGUUACAGUUUGAUCUGGUGGUAUUUACACCAGCAGCUGGGUUAGUUAGAACAUCUUUGAUGUGUGUUAGAUGUCAGGUUGAGGUUGAGGGGGCAUCAGUUGAAGAUUGUGUAGAGAAGAAGUUAGUGUUUCUUGAAAAGGAAGAAGCUGUGUCCUUGUCUUCUGGGCAAUUGAAGCAAGACUUGUUGGAAGGAGCGUGUUGUUUUCUGGUAUUGUCUCACUUGGAAGUUAUUUCGAGUGAACAAUGUGUAGAUCGUUUGGUAGUUAGUGAGACAGACCGUUCGAUAGUAAGUGGUGUAGACCGAACGAUAGUAAUAGACUUUUUGGACGUGUUUCCUGAAGAAGUGCCUAGGUUACCUCCUCAGCGUGAAGUUGAGUUCUACUUUGAUCUGGUGCCAGCUGUUGGACCAAUAUCAAUAACCCCUUAUAGGAUGGCUCAAGUGGAGUUAGUGGAAUUGAAGAAGCAGAUUGAGGAAUUGUUGGAUAAGUAG